UGUAAUAUUCGGAGCUUAAGAAAGAAUUUAUGUCUGCUUAAUGAUAUUUUGAUAACCGUGAAGGAAAUGCCUAGCAUUAUAACUAUUUCUGAACCUAAGCUAAACGACAAUAAUCAGCAUCUUCACAAUAUUAAUAUACCCGGUUACAAUUUUGUCGGUGUGAAUUCUAGAACGAAUGCUGGUGGAGCUGGUAUUUACAUAAAACAAAAUUUAAAUUUUUUUACCAGGCGGGACCUAGAGUUUUCUUCUGACAGUUUUGAAACGUGCUUUGUUGAACUACCGAGAGAAAGGCAAAAGAGUAUUAUUAUUAGUUCCAUCUAUAGACAUCCUCACGGCACCGCCGAAAAUUUCUGCGAACUUCUUAGGCAGAAAUUAAAUCAUUUGAACAACUGCAGUUAUGAAGUGUACAUAACCGGAGAGAUUAACAUUGAUUUUUACAAAUAUCACAGUGCUAAGUUUACUUCUGAAUAUCUUCAUAUGUUAUUCGAUUUGGGCUACAUGCCUCUUAUCACAAAAGCAACCCGGAUAACC